UCCUCCCCAGCAGGCUGGGCUAUUGCUCCUUGCGAAGAUGGAUUACGCCAAGUCCUUGAGUCUGCGCCUGGCUGCCCCCGUCUCCAAAUGUGUCUCCGCAAGUGCCUCCAUGACCCAGCAGCUGCUGUCGAGCCCAGCCCCGCGGCCCCGACCCUACCGUGUCUGCAACUGGGACCGCAGCAUGCGCAAGGGUGUCAUGGCACACAGCCUUGCUGAGCUGCUGCGCCAGGCUCAGAGCGCCCUGCUCGCCCCGGGUCCCAUCUCGCUGGUGCUGGAUGAGGAUGGCACGGCAGUGGAGACGGAGGCUUUCUUCCGGACGCUGGAGGAGGGCACAGUGCUGAUGGCCCUGAGCAAGGGGCAGACCUGGGCUGCCUCCAAGACGCCCGGCUACCAGCUGAGCUUGUCCCGCAAGCCCCCUCGGAGGAUCGAUGUCGCCUGUGUCACUUUUGACCUCUACAAGACCACCCCGCGGGACCUGGGCUGCCUCAACGUCAAAGCCACGCUCUACGGCACCUACAGCAUGUCCUACGACCUGCGCUGCUACGGGGCCAAGCGGCUGCAGCUCCUGGACGCCACGGAGGAGACGAAGGAGGGGGAGAGCACCCCCCCGCUGCAGAGCCUCCUGCCCUGCACCCUCCCACCCCUGCCCUGCAGGAAGACACUGCACUGA